UGUAUAUAUACUGGUCGUUUGCCAACGUCGGUUACACUUAUCAUUCAUCGUUUGAUCGUUCGACAACCGAAAAUACCGCAGCAACAUGGCACGUACCAAGCAAACAGCCCGUAAAUCCACCGGCGGAAAGGCCCCGAGGAAGCAGUUGGCCACGAAAGCGGCCCGGAAGAGCGCACCAGCUACCGGCGGCGUUAAGAAACCGCAUCGGUACCGUCCGGGAACAGUUGCGCUUCGUGAAAUCCGUCGGUAUCAAAAGAGUACCGAAUUAUUGAUCCGCAAAUUGCCGUUCCAACGUUUGGUCCGUGAAAUAGCCCAGGACUUCAAAACCGAUCUGCGUUUCCAGAGUUCUGCCGUGAUGGCGUUACAAGAGGCUAGUGAAGCGUAUUUGGUGGGUCUUUUCGAAGACACCAAUUUGUGCGCUAUCCAUGCCAAACGCGUCACUAUUAUGCCGAAAGAUAUUCAGUUGGCUCGCCGUAUUCGUGGUGAACGUGCUUAAUAGCAUAUAUAAUAUCUUUUUAUCGUCAAUAGAGUACCAUUAAAUUUUCUAAAACGGCCCUUUUCAGGGCCACCAAA